AUGGCUACCAUUACCUCUCCCCGGAGUGAAUCUCCGGCAAUUUCUAUCCAUCGAGUCACCUCGCCCUCUACCCCCGGCGCCAACGAUACACCCUCAUCCUCCGUUCGACCCUCUAUCGAAAUCCCCAGGAACAAUGCUUCUUCUCCCGCCCUCCAACAAAAUGUUAUACCUGCACCCACCACGACGCAGCGUCGUAACCGCGCCGCCUUGCGUGAUUACUAUAAUCUCAAAUCUAGAGCCCCCUCCGGCGCAUCUCAGGACCUAAAUAUAAGUCGGACAGCGAGUAUUGCGUCCAACGCGUCUGACUCUACAAUUACGUCCUCCGCCCCUGUACCGGAACCUUCGUCCUUAACAACCCAAAUGGAUCACCCCACUUUUGACGCCAAAGCUUACGUGUCCGAAUUGCUGAAAACCGCCAGCCUACGUGACAUUCUGAGAACAGAGGGUGUGCUAGUCAGCGAGAUCAGAAACCUUGACGGUGAGAGGAAAGCAUUGGUAUACGACAACUACAGCAAAUUGAUCAAGGCCGUGGAGACCAUUGCGGAGGUGCAGAAGGGCAUGCACAAGAAAGGGGCAGAUCGGUCCAGUGUGCUAGGAAGAGAGAGGGAACCGAGCCCCGGAUUCGAUGGCGUGCAGAAGCUAGAAGAAAAGCUGGACGGAUUGUUGAAGGUGGUCAAGGAAUUGAAUCCGGCCGAGCGAGAAGGGAUGAAACAAUCGAUAGAGGUGAGGGAAAAGAGGAGGCAAAAAGAGACCGUUCAGUGGGCACUAGACGCACCGUCUCGAUUGCAGAACAUGAUUGCCCAAGGUCGAAGGGAUGCUGCCAUGAAGGAGUAUAAGUCCGUUAUUGGUCUGUUGGAUCAGUGGAAAGGUGUUGGUGGUGUUAACGAAUUACGCGCGAAAUGUGAGAAUACUAUGGAGUCUCCUGACCACGAGGCGAAAGACGCCGAGGACUGA